AUCUGUAACUCAAAGCUGAAGAGCGUCAGAUGAAUGUAAGGGGAUCUGAAGAUGGCAUGAUAUUGAAGAAUGCGUGAGCUUGUUUUGGAUUACACUCCUGGCCAACUCUGAAUGGGAAUACUCAGCAGGCAGCUCGUGAUGGAAAAGUAACAUUGAGCAUCUUCCGUCUUGUCAGCAACAGUACAGUCCAUAACAACUUUGUAUCCUGCAGAGCAAGCGGUGGUGAGAGCUCUUCCACAAUGAGAGACCGCUUGGAGGAGCUGCAGAAGAGGGCUCAAGACUUUUCUGAGGCAACAAAUGAUAAUGCCAACCCUUUUUCAGCGGAGGGUGAUAAUGAUGACUCUGUAGCGGUCAUAACGCCACAGGCUGUGGUGUUCGAGGAGGAGCCAGUCAUUGAGAAUUUCCUGUCUGAGGCUCAGCUAAUACGGGAAGAUAUCACAGUGCUGGACAUAGAGGUCCUCAAGUUUUGCCAGCAGCAAAAAACCCUGGUGGCAACCAUGCGCCGUUUCAGUGUGAUGAAGAAAGAGAGCAGUAUAACCAGGGACAUCAAGCUCAAGGCUGAGAGUCUCCAUCGCCGCUUAGAUGCACUUUCAAAACAAGUCCAAAGGACUGAGGACCAGCAGGGACCUACUGCUGUUGCAACGAGAAUACAACGCUCCCAGCAUGCAGCACUGUACCGCAAAUUCCAACAGGUAAUGCUGCAGUAUAAUGAAGGUCUGCUGACUAAGCAGGAGCACUGUAAGCACUUCAUUAUCCGGCAGCUGGAGGUUUCGGGAAGGGACGUUACAGAGGAGGAGGUGAAUGAGAUGGUGGCCACGGGAAAAUGGGAGGUGUUCAAUGAGAACCUGCUGAAUGAUGCCAGAAUCACACGGUCACAAUUAUCUGAGAUUGAACAGCGACACAAGGAGCUGCUGAGUCUGGAGAACAAUAUGAAGGAGCUGAGGGACCUGUUCAUGGACAUUUUCAUGUUGGUGGAGGAACAAGGAGCCUAUAUUGAACACAUCCAGACCAAUGUAGAGAGGACGCAGGAUUAUGUGGCUGCAUCUAAUGAGAAGUUCAAGUUGGCAGCCAGAUACAAGAAGAAGAACCCACUUCGACAGCUGUGCUGCUGCUGCUGCCCUCCCUGGAGGUGCUGCUUAUAAAACAUGCAUUUUUUUCUUACCUCAACGGUCAUUUCAAAUAAGGUUUUAUUUCAAAAGUCUCACUUACCUGUUGGGUAAUGCUGUAUUCAAGUACCAUUAAAGUGAAGGUUAUUAUGGCAUUGCAGUUUUUGCUGUUGAACAGAGCAACGUGAAGAAAAAUUCAGCGGAGCAUAGAAAACAAUUAAGGGGAAAGGCUGGAAUUGGUAUUUGAGGCACUUGUUUCUUCCAGGAGAAUGAGAGGCGACUGCUAUUGGAAGAGACAGUUCAGUGAGUGCUACUCAACAACAUUGCUGCUUAUUGGAGACCUUCAUUGUCAUCUGACAGAGGUCACAAACAGGGGAGACCACUGCCUCUGCCACUACUAGAUCAGCAAGACUGAUAUUCUGAGAUUUUUUUCUCGUUUCUUUUUCUGCCACAGGAGCUCUUGUUAAUGACCAUUUAUUUUUUAUACAGUAUGUGCACUUUAAGACUUAUCUUUAUGUUUUUCUUUUCUUUUCAGCACAAACUGAAAUUUAACAUAGAGGAGAAAGAUUCUCUUUGAGAGGUUUGAGCCAUUAUGUAUUCAUUCUUGGUCCACACACUGAGGGAAAAAAACUUGUUUUACAAUUAGUUACUAGUCUCAUUUGCAUUUCAAAGUAUGAUCAUUUUCAGUGGAAAGAAAAAAUAUUAUUCCUUUAUUGGGUUUCACAGAGGCAAGGACUCAAGUAAAACUUUGAAUAACGAGCCUUGAUCAAAAUAUUUUUGCCAUGAUGACAAAACUGCAGAAAAUCAUUGAAGUCAUUUGUUUAAAAAUAAGA